UCGAGGUUGUGACAUCACUGCUCAUGGGGCUGAGCACUUUAGAUUUUGAUGAAUAUGUGUGAAUAAUUGGACAUAAAAACACCAUUUAUUUUUCAUGUGGAGCCUGUAUUUAACAUUUGCAUGUAAUUUGUAGGUCACAAGACUCCCCUUAAGCUGUGAAUGGAUUUUGAGUCAAACUUGGGGCUGAGUUUUUGCCUAGGAUGUCCCGACAUGAAGGUGUAAGCUGUGACUGCUGUCUAAAAAGUAAUUUCCGAGGCAGACGGUACAAGUGUCUCAUCUGUUACGACUAUGACCUUUGUUCGACCUGCUAUGAAAACGGAGCAACCACUACAAGACACACAGCAGAGCAUCCAAUGCAGUGCAUACUUACUAGAUCAGAUUUUGAUUUAUAUUAUGGUGGUGAAGCGGUGAGUUUAGACCAAGCACAGUCCUUCUCCUGUCCGUACUGUGGGAAGAUGGGGUAUACAGAAACAACCCUACAAGAGCACGUCACUUCAGAACAUUCAGACUCUAAUGCAGAAGUGGUAUGUCCAGUGUGUGCAGCAUCACCAGGAGGUGACCCUAAUCAUGUGACUGAUGAUUUUGCAGCUCAUCUAACGUUAGAACACAGAUCAUCGCGAGAAAUUGACGAGGCAGGCAACGUGAGGCAUCUAAGAAGAAUGUUUCAUCCAGGCAGAGGUAUAGGACCCAGACCGCGGCGGACCAACAUGCACUUUGGCGGCGGCAGUGGACUCUCCGCGGGUCAAAGUUCAGGUUCCCCCGGCAACAGAGAAGCUAUGGACCCUAUAGCAGAACUUUUAUCGCAGCUAUCUGGGGCAAGGCGGUCAGCGGGUGGUCUUGGCAGCCACUCCUCUACGGCCUCCCAGCUGCAUCAACUCCAGAUGAUGCAGCUACAACUAGAAAGGCAGCAACAGCAGCAGCAGCAACAACAACAGCAACAGCAGCAACAAUCUCAGAAUGCCCAAGUUAGGAGUAUGGGGAGACGGCAAGUAGAAAGUUUGACAGUACCUCCUCCACGGAGACCUACAGGGGCGGCUGCAUCGGCCAACAGCAACCCCAGCAGCCACGGCGCCCCCUCUUACAACGCGGUGGUAGAGGCUGGCUUACUAGCAGCCAGCGCAGCAUCACAACCAGAGUCCCAGUACCUAUUAUCAAGGAUAAAUGAUCCUUCCCUGUCAGAGACUGACCUCCAGGUUUCAGAGAUAGAGAACGCAGACCGCAGUUUCUUUCUCCAAGACCUGAUCCUCUCCACGCUAAACGACUCCGACAAGGACUCCGACACUUCCCUAGAAAACAUAGAGGGUGCUCUUGCUCGGAGCAGUCCCGUGGAGGAUACCCUGACGAUAGCAUCGCCAACCCUUCGCAAGUUAGGAUCUUUAAAUUUGAAAGAGAAGGAGGGGCCGGCAUAGCACAUAGCCUCUCCCUGUGUUUGUGUGUUGUUUGUGACUGAUAUUGUAACAGUGAGGCGAGUAAAAGAGAGAUAAAAACACAAAACCAAUUUACCAGUGCAUUCUUGUAUAUUAUAUUAAUAUGAAUAUAUAAACUAUGAUAUCCAAUGGUAGAGAGUCUGUUAUCAGGCCAGUAUAGGACUGGGCUAGGUCGGGGGCCAAGAAUAGCGGGCACUCACUUCAGACUUUUGCAAUAUUUUAUUUUAUACUUUUUUGCAGAUGUAGUAGAUUGUUUAGAGAGAGGCCCUCCAAAGUUGUUGCUGUAAGGAUCCUGUAUGACAGGGAAUAUUUUCCUCUUUUUUUUUUGGUUUAUUGUUGUUGGUAAGAAUUUGACAAAAUAAUGAUAUUGAGAUCCUAAAUUGGCAACCUGGGGCAUUGCAUUUGUUGUCUUUCUGUCAAGCAGCCUGCCAGAUACGCGCAUAUGUUGUUCAUUUCAUUCAGAACAAUUUUUUAUAGAUAUCUGCGAGCAAUGAUCUGCCUUAUGUUAUGUUAUGCUAUUAGUUUUCUUUGUGAUCCCGGGGUACCAGCUUUUAUUGAUGAAGACACAUGCCUCAUCUUUCUUUACAUGUUUAUGUCAAAACAAGUUCUACAUGAUAACUUUUCACCCCUUCGAAUUAGAAAAGUGGUCUCAGACUUUGGCCUAAUGGCACAAUAGCCCAUUAUUAUUAAUAAUAUUCACUUAUACCUUGAUUACAAAAUUACUCAACUAUUUCUAUUUAAUUAAAUUGUACGUUAACAACCAAAAUCAUACAUUAACCUACCUAUCAAAGUACAGUUCUAGAGCCAUUGUACCCUUUGGUCAAGCCCCUCCAAA